AUGCAGACGUUAAGUUUUGGUGGCGAAACACCCCCGAUAUCCUUACUACAAAAUGCUACCAUUCAUACGAACGUUGUUAAUGUUUACGGCCCUACCGAGACGACUAUAACUGCAACAACAUGGAUAUGUCCGAUAGAUUUUAAAAGCCAUUUGAUACCAAUCGGUCGUCCACUAUCAAAUAUCCAAGUCUACUUGCUAGAUGCACAAGGUGAACCGGUGCCAUUGGGCGCCGCAGGAAAACUGUAUAUUGGUGGCGCUGGUGUGGCCCGCGGCUACCUCAACCGACCUGAACUUACUGCGGAACGCUUUUUGUCCGAUCCAUUCAGUGAACAUAAGGCAGCGCGCAUGUAUCGUACCGGAGAUCUGGCACGCUAUCUACCUGAUGGAAAUCUAGUAUAUUUGGGACGUACCGACCAACAAAUAAAAAUUCGCGGCUGCCGAAUUGAGCCCGGUGAAAUCGAAGCCCGCCUUGUUGAAAAUCCUUUGGUGCAUGAAGCGGUUGUACAGCCAUGGAAAGACGAGAUUGAUGGCGAUACCCGUUUGGUGGCCUAUGUAGUGGCCGAUUCAGAUGCAUCACUUGCUAACAAUCUACGUACAUAUCUAUCAUCUUUACUGCCUGAUUAUAUGGUACCGGCGGCUUAUGUGUGUCUAUCAUCAUUACCACUCACAAUCAAUGGCAAGUUAGACCGGCGUGCAUUACCGCUUCCAGAUGAUGAAGCAUUUGCUCGUCAGUUAUAUGAAGAACCACGGGGUGAAAUGGAAGAAAAAGUUGCCAAAAUUUGGAAUGGAAUACUUGGCAUUGAACGCAUCAGCCGAAAUGACAAUUUCUUUGAGUUGGGCGGCCACUCUCUGUCAGUUAUGCAAUUCACGAACCUUAUUAAAAUGCAUUAUGAUAUACGCGUCAGUGCUCGGGCUGUGUUUUCCUUUCCAAUACUCAAAGACUUAGCGGAAAGAAUGACCAAUUCUUCAGACAGAUUGUAUUCAGAUGUUGCUAUACCAGCUCGUCGCUACGGCGAUGGGACACCUAUAUUUUUUCUUCCCAGUGGCGAUGGAGAUAUUUCUUAUGCCUUUGAAGUAGCAAACUUGAUUGAUAGAAGUGUUCCUGUUUAUGUGUUACCAUGGUCGUCGCCUGAAAAAGAGCAGCCAUCAUCCAUUGAAGAAAUGGCCA